UUAAAACGUCAAACAUUGUGGUUAUAUGCGCAUAUGAUCAACAUAAUAUGCACAAAAAGAAAAAUGUUUUUUUAAUAUAUUGUAGGAUUUAAUGUUGUAAUUUUAUUUCUCACAAACAUGUCUGAAUACGAAAAGGUGCGUACAGGAAAAUUAUUGUUGAAGGGGGAAAAAGAGAAGAAAAAGAAGCGAAAACAUAAAAGUCAAAAACCUAAACAGCAACCAAAAGUUGACAUUGAUGCUAUUCAGCAUGGAAAUUGGUGGAAAACCAAAACUGUUGAAGACAUAAAGGGGCCAGUAGCCAUUGAGUUUGGUAAACACACAUACAUUAAAGCACUAGACAAUGGUUUGUUUACAUUAGGAGCUCCUCACAGUGAUGGAGAAGGCCCCUACCCUGAGGAAAUUUUAACAGCUAUUCAGAUUAAUGAGAGAAAAAUAGCUCUAAAAUCUGGAUAUGGAAAGUAUUUGAGUGUCGAUAAAAAUGGUGCAGUGGUUGGAAGAUCUGAUGCAAUUGGUUCUAAAGAGCAGUGGGAACCAGUGUUUGAAAAUGGUCAGAUGGCACUUUCAGCAUAUACAGACUGUUUUAUUUCUAUUCAUUCUAAGGACGACUCAGUUAUUGCUCUAAGUAAAGUAGCAAGCAAAGAUGAAAUUCUUCAAAUAAGAUCCCAAACUAUAAAAGAACAUAAUCCUUUAAAAGAUGUACCAACUGAGGAGCAAGGAAGUUUAGAAGAGAUUGAAGUUAACUAUGUGAGAAAGUUUCAGAAAUUUCAGGAUAAACGUUUAAGAAUUUGCACAGAGGAUAAAGGGGCGCUGGAGUCUGCAAAAUCAAGUGGAACUUUGCAUGAAACUUUAUUGGACAGAAGGAGUAAAAUGAAAUCAGACAGAUACUGCAAAUAAUUAAUUUAUUACUAAAAUUAAAAUAAUCUGUACAUUAAAACAUAUUUUAUAGAAAAAAUACAUUUGCAAUAAUUUCAGGCAGUUUAUCCCUAAAAUAAUACGAGUGGUAGUAGUUGGUGG